AUGCUUCCAUCGAUCGCUGUCGGGGCUCUGCUUUUGCCCACCACUCUGGCUGCUAUUCUGCCUGAAUACGAUCCAUUCUAUGAUGCUCCUGCUGGCUACCAGGACAAAGCUCCUGGAAGCAUUCUCCGCACCCGCAAAGUUGUCACAAGCUAUUUCGGUCUGAUUCCUGAUGCUGUAGAAGCAUGGCAAUUGCUCUAUCGUACCACUGCUAUCAACGGUACUGCCAUCGCAUCGGCAACGACCGUCUUCAAACCUCUCAACCCAAAGCAGAAUAGCUUUGUCAGCUUCCAUACUGCAUAUGACGGUUCCUCGGAGACAGGCGCUUGCGAUCCCAGCUACAACUACCAGCUGCUAGCUCCCCAGGUUGAUCUGAUCUCAUCGGUCGAGUUCCUCUUGCUUCAGGCCUAUCUGCUGGAGGGUUUUGUUGUGCAGUCGCCUGACUACGAAGGCCCUGAUGCUGCUUUCGGCGCUGGUCGUCUUGCUGGUAUGGGUGUUCUUGACAGCAUGCGUGCUGUUGCCAACUUCGGUUCGACUCUUGGCUUCACUACCUCCACUCCUAACAUUGUUGGUUACGGCUACUCUGGCGGUGCCAUUGCUACUGGAUGGGCUGCUUCUCUGAUCUCAAGCUAUGCUCCUGAGCUCAAUGUUCUUGGCUGGGCACAAGGUGGUACGCCCGCUAAUUUGACCGGUACCGCCGUUUUCAUCGAUGGCACACUCUUCGCUGGCUUCCUUCCUCAAGCUCUUGUCGGGCUCUCUACACCCACAGCUUACGGUGCCCAACUCAACCCUGUCUUUGAUAGCAUCAUCACGCCUCUGGGUCGUCAAGAACUCGACUCCGCCGAACAGAUCUGUGGUGUUGAAAACCUGUUCACCUUCGCCUUCCAAUCAGUCCGGAGCACAAAGUUCCAGACUCUUGGUAACCAAGUUUUCUACGACCCUACCAUUGCUGGAGUCCUUGAUCAGAACGUCAUGGGCAUCAACGCAAAUGAAACUCCCAAGGCUCCCGUGUACAUGUACCACGCCACUAACGACGAAGUCAUCCCUUAUGCCAAUGCUUCGACACUCUACUCUGACUGGUGUGCUGACGGCGCAUCUGUUCACUUUACCACUGUGGCUGCUGGUGGUCACGCAACAACUGAAAUUCUUGGCUUUGUGGGCGCAUUCAACUUUGUCAAGGCUGCCUUUGCUGGUAAUUACACAAGUGGCUGUUCGACUUCGACCGAGUUGGCAAAUACUCUGGAUCCGUUGGCACUUGGUGUUCAGCUUGAGCCUGUCAUCGUGAACUUGUUGAAUGCUCUUGCUGUCGCGGGCAGAAAGGAUAUUAACAUCAAGAACAACAUCACCACGCUCAACGAGACCGUUGUUGCUUGA